AGCUAAAUAUACUUACUAGAAUGUAUGUAUUGAUUGAGAUGAAUUUAAUCGAGAUUCAAUGUCCGUGUUUACAGGAUAUGUAUGUAUUUUUUAUAUCUACAAUUUUAAAAUCAUGUAAAAUUAGUCAAGUGUAGUACGAUGUAUCGUAACAAAUUAAUUUUUUUAUGCAGAAACCUGUAAGCGAAGAUGAUCAGAUAUCACAUGUUAUUGUUGUUAUCGUAACCAAGGUAUAUUUGGUUUGUUUGGUCAAUAAGUUAACAUCACUGGUACUAAAGCGAUUUCUCUUUAUGUUUUCAUACAUUAUUUCUUCUACGUGAAACUUAUGGAUCCCAUGCUCAACAAGGCACAUUAAUUAUCCGCAUCUGAGUGGCACACUUCAAACUUUCAGCAAAGACAUCAUAAAAAUACUUGUGUUCACUAUUGACGCUAUAGUUCUGUAAACGGACACACUUAUCGUCUAUUGAGUUGAAUCAAUUUCAAAUAUGCCAGCUAUUGUGGUCAAGGAAUACAGCUGGCGUCAAACAGAUGACUCAGUAGUAGUUAGCACACCCCUUUUCGGUAACCCAAAGAAUGUGGAUUUAUUUACUUCAACCAACUAUAUAAAGGCCAGCUAUCCGCCAUUCGUCCUGGAGCUCUUUCUCUGGGGUAACAUUCUGGAGCACGAAAGCAAAUGCAUUUUGGACAAAGAACAGGCGAACGUAGUCUUUACUUUAAAAAAAGCAGACUUAGGUUUGAUCUGGCCUAGUCUUCUAGAAGAUCUGGAUAAACAUGCUAAAAAAGAACGUAGGACACAGGCCUUGGAGCAAGCUCAAGUAAUGGCUGAAGAAAGGGCUAAAGCUAGAAGUGAGAAAAGACACAAGCUACAGAAACAAGCAGUCAGAGCGCAAAUCAACUUAGACACAGCAACGUUAAACAAAAUAGACUUGCUACGUGACACAGAGCGUAAACAAGCAAUGAACGAUUUUGAAGAGUGGAGGUGUACAAUGCAGAAUCCAAUAUUGUCGAGUAUUGAAGGCGAAGUUCAAGAGAACAGGAAAGCUUAUAGGCCACCAUUGAAGUGGUUCAAAGAUGAAGCAGGCGAGCUUAAAUCUAGAGAAAUGACGCAAAAAGAAAUUCUUAAUCAAGGAUUGACUCUCAAAAUGGAAAAUAGUCCAGCUUUGAAACAACUGGAACAGGCAAGGGUAGAACAAAGUGAUAUAAAUGAUACUAGUUUAAAUGAAUCACGAAUUGAAGAAAUAAAGCACCAUGAAUCAAAUGUCGCACACUUUACUGGUGGAAGCAGCACAGCACUUCAGGAUGUCCAGAAAUCUAAUGAAUCCGAUUCAUCCAGUUCUUCUGAAGUUUCUGAGUCUGAUUGUACAACUGGAGAAACUUCUUCCUUUUCAACGACACAGUCAUUCAUCAAAGAGAUGAAUGAAAAGAGAUUAAAGAAAUUUUACAGUGAAAGAGCCGAGAAAAGUCCGAAACCUGGAAAGCAGAUCAUAAAGAACGUAUUGACGCAAAAAAAUUUCAAGGCUAAUACAAUAUUUGAUGAACCUAAAAAGGCGAUCCCAUUACCAAGACAAAAUGGAAUAAUUAACGUCAAGUUUUCUGAACGCACAUUUCCAACUCCUGCUAGGGAAAGCCAUCAAGUAGAAGAGCAAGAGUGGCUGGAGAAACAGGCGGCAGCAAGACGACAAACCGGUUUCAUUCUGGAAGACUUGAGACCAGAAGAAUUGGAUCCUCAAUGGCUUAAGGAUAAGGGAGAUGAGUUCUUCAAAGCUGGAAAUUACUUGGGGGCAAUCAGCGCCUAUAGUCAUGGAAUAAAAUUAAGUCCUAAGAUGUCAUCUUUAUACUCAAAUAGAUCAGCAGCUCAUUAUGCUCUUGGUAAUUACUUCAGAUGCACUGAAGAUUGCUCUAAGGCCUUAGAAUUGAUGGUACCUCAUUGCAAAGGAAAUUUAGAUUCUCGUGCCAAGUGUCAUGCUAGGCGUGGAGCGGCACUCUGCAAGUUAUCUUCUCCUCAACAUGGCAUACCUGAGUUGGAAGCGGCUCUUAAACUUGACCCGGAAAAUGCGACUAUCAAACGUGAUCUAUUAGCUGCCAAACAAUACUUUGAUAUUCACAAACAGUGAAAUGAGAGAAGGACUUACUAUUGUUUUCUACAUGAUGAUAUGAAUGCAUGCAGUCUACACAGGCCAGACAACACAUUAUGCCUAGAUCUCAAUAUUAAUAUUACGGAUAUCUACGAAAGAAAACUUCAGCCAUAAGUAGGAAUUACGAUAUUCCAUAUAACAGUAUGCAUAAAAUUUAAACCUCACACACCAAUGUGUUUUACAUCCAAGUAAGUUUGACCGUAAGGUGUUUUAUGUAAACAGGUAUUUAUGCAAUAUAUUCAGCUCUUUUUUUUUCUAAUUUCCUGUACUAAAUUUGUAUUUUACCCCAGAUGAUAAAGGCACUCUGUUGGUAGUUUGACAUUAUGUACCCAACGCAACGCUUAUAUCUAAACUCAUGCAAAGCAUGCACAGUUUUUUCCGUUAUAUUUUCACUUCACAUUCCAAAAAAUCCUAGUUGAUUUGUGCUUCAGGACGGAAUCUCAAAUCUUCCCAAAAUUAUCAGUAGAUAUUCCAAGUUUCAGCACGGCCUGGGAUGGGGAUCUUAUGACGCAGCCAGAUAAAUACAAAGAAAACGUUUCAAUGUGCCUUUAAUAGAAAUAGUAAAAUAUAUAUUCAUACUGUAUCACAAUCAUGCUUUAUAAAAUUCGUAUCAGUCCAUACACUACAUGAACCGUGUAUAAUACAUUAAAUAGAUAUGAAUUUGUUGGUAGUGAACAACAUGACCACAGCAAAUUUACAUUCAUUAUGAAAUAUAAAAUUACAUACAAGUCAGUGUACAUAAAUUGUACUUAUUACCGUAUGCGAAGAGAACAACUUGUUAGUAUAAUUGUAAUUUUUAUCAAUAAUAUAUCAGCAUUCUCUACGCUAAAUAACAAACAUCGUCAAUAAAGCUGCAUUUAGAGAAUGAAAUAGAACAACGAUAUCGUGACAAAAGUAACCCAAAUCUGUGUGCAUGUGAGUAAUCUGCACAUUGUA